AGAAAACAAACUUGAGCCAAAUAUUACUGCAAUUAAUAUUUUCAAUGAGAGCAUUGCAAGAGAUGAGGAUGCGCAAAAAGCUGUAUCUCUUGUAACUAGUGAGCUGGAAAGAAUAAAAGAACUUUUAAAUACUCUGGAAGAGAGAAGAAUGGAUGAAUUUAUGACAGGUUUUGGCAUUAUUGCAAUGAAAUGUCGAGAGUUUUAUAGAAUGCUUUCACUGGAUGGAGAUGCAGAUCUUGAUCUUGUUGAUAGUUAUAAUCCAUUUACCAAGGGAGUUACACUCAAUAUUCGCCCCCCUAAGAAAUCAUGGCGGAGUAUAAUGCAGCUUUCAGGCGGAGAGAAGACUCUUUCUUCGUUAGCUUUUGUAUUCGCUAUUCACCAUUUUCGGCCAUCACCGAUGUAUCUUAUGGACGAAAUAGAUGCGGCUUUAGAUACUCGAAAUGUGACUAUUGUGGGCAAUUUAAUACAACACCUUUCGGAUCAUACACAGUUCAUAGUAAUAUCAUUACGUGAAUCAAUGUUUAGACUAUGUAAUCGCUUGGUAGGAAUCUACAAAGUGGAGGAUUGCACUGGCUUUAUGGUGAUAAACAACAUAACAAUACUCAACCAAAUUCAAAUGAGCAUCCUCCUUCAAAUAAUCGUAAAUUGUAAAUUAAAUUUUCAAUACACCCGUGAAGACUCUAAUCUAGUUGAAGUAAUAAUGAAAAACCAAAUAUUUAUUGAAAAUCCAAUCAUCAUGCCUAUUUGUGAUGAAAGUACUUCUAAUAUUGAUAAUGAUAUUUCAUCAUCUUCAUCAUCUUCACCACCCCCAAGUAAGAAAACAAAGAUACAAUAA